AGGACCUCGAACAUUGGUCGAAACAGGACGCGGGCUAAUGUAAACUUCAAAAAAAAAAAUUCUGUAUUUAUCACGAAAGUUUCCACGUUAAUAAAAAAAAAACUGAAUCAACUCGUAACAUAUGCGGAGUUAACUUUCUGUCGCGGCUGUCUCGUCACUGAAGAGUGAAGGUUUUUCAUCCGAGCUGGUAAAUAAAAACAAACUAGCUGGCUAACUUAAGCUAACCUCUGAGAGCUGCUACAGCUGCGCAGUUUCGUUUCACAGAAAACACAGAAAACACAGAUAACACACCCACACUGACAUCAACCAGCCAAGCCUGUUUACUUUAGCUGUGUGUUCCUACUAAAGGGGAUUUGAGAGAGUGGCAUGGCCUCACUUUGAUGUCUGAUUUGUGCUAACAACAACAACAACAACAACAGAGCCACAAUGAAGAGAAGAAACGAAGUGCUGGCACCACAGCUCGAAGCAAAGAGGCCUCGUGAGGACAGCAGCUCAGAUGAAGAGUCACAAUUAUCCAGACAAGAUUCUAGCCAAAAUGAUUCCCUCAGUGACCAGGAAGAUCACAGGCCGGGAUUCUCCAUGCCCUCCAUAUCAUCCUUUGAUGAACAAGACGCUGAUGGCACACUGGCCUCCUCGGAUUUCUCCAUGUACAACAGUGUGUCCCAGAAACUCAUGGCUAAGAUGGGCUUCCGAGAAGGUGAAGGUCUGGGAAAGUUUGGCCAAGGACGCAAGGAAAUUGUGGAGGCCUCCACUCAGCGAGGGAGAAGGGGUCUCGGCCUCACACUGCAGGGAUUUCAAGGGGAGCUUAAUGUCGACUGGCGGGAUGAACCAGAGCCGAGUGCCGUAGAGAAGGUAGACUGGUUCCCAGAAUGCACCACAGAGAAUCCAGAUGCAGACGAGCUGAGAGAUUGGAUGAAUAUUGGACGGAGAAAACUUAAGAUCGAGGAUGAGACCGAGUUUUGCACUGAAGACCUCCUGCACACUCUUCUAAGGUGCAAAUCAGUGUUUGACAACCUGGAGGGCGAGGAGAUGAGGAGAUCACGGACACGCUCCAAUCCCUAUGAGACGAUCAGAGGAGGGAUCUUCCUCAACAGAGCGGCUAUGAAAAUGGCAAACAUCGACCACUGCUUUGACUACAUGUUCACCAACCCAAAGGAUUCACAAGGGAAAUCUCUGACAAAGGACCGCGAGGGCGAGCUUCUGUACUUCGGUGAUGUCUGCGCGGGGCCUGGAGGCUUUUCGGAGUACAUCCUGUGGAAGAGACGUUGGCACGCUAAGGGGUUCGGCAUGACGCUGAAAGGACCCUGUGACUUCAAACUGGAAGAUUUUUUUGCAGCUCCGAGCGAGCUGUUCGAGCCUUAUUAUGGGGAGGGAGGCGUGGACGGAGAUGGAGACAUCACUCGGCCAGAAAACAUGACUGCCUUCAGAAACUUUAUCAUGGAGAGUACAGAGAAAAGAGGGCUGCACUUCCUCAUGGCAGAUGGGGGGUUCUCCGUGGAAGGACAGGAAAACAUCCAGGAGAUCCUGAGCAAACAGCUGCUGCUCUGUCAGUUCCUCACCGCCCUCUCCACACUAAGGACAGGCGGUCAUUUUGUCUGCAAGACGUUUGACCUCUUCACUCGCUUCAGUGUGGGGUUGGUGUACCUGCUCUACCUUUCCUUUGAGAGGAUCUGUCUCUUCAAACCUGUCACCAGCAGGCCAGCCAACUCUGAGAGGUACAUAGUGUGCCGCAAUCUGAAGCCCGGGUCAGACGCUGUCAGAGAGUACAUGUUCAGAAUCAACCUGAAGCUGAACCAGCUGAAGAACACAGAGAGCGACGUCACAGAAGUGGUCCCCCUCAGCCUCAUCAAAGAGGACUCUGACUUCUUCCAGUUUAUGAUCAACUCCAAUGAGAGCCUCUGUGUGGUCCAGAUCAAAGCCCUGGCUAAGAUCCACGCCUUUGUCGUAGACCCGACCCUUUCAGAGACGAGGCAAGCAGACAUAAGAAAAGAGUGUCUGAAACUUUGGGGGGUUCCAGACAAGGCCAGAGUCACUCCGGCCUCCUCAGACCCAAAGUCUAAAUUCUACGAACUGCUUAAGAAUCCAGAUGUGGAGUCGUUCCAGUGUAAAGUCACUCCUCUGAACUCCACCACACUCGAGAAGCUGCGUCAUAUACUGGACCACAGGUGCAUUGUGGGAGGAGGAGAGCAGAUUUACCUACUUUCGCUUGGGAAGUCUCAGAUCUACACGUGGGAUGGGAAGAUGCCUUUGCGCUGGAAGAAACUGGAAAACUUCAAGCUGGAGCUGCCAAGAGAUACACUCCUGAGUGUGGAGAUCGUCCAAGAGCUGAAGGGCGAGGGCAAAGCUCAGCGAAGAAUCAACGCAGUUCACGUGAUGGAUGCGCUGAUUCUGAACGGCACCGACGUAAGAGACAAACACUUCAACCAAAGGAUCCAGAUGGCUGAGAAGUUUGUGAAGGCUGUGUCCAAACCCAGCAGACCAGACAUGAACCCCAUCAGGGUGAAAGAGGUCUACAGGCUGGAGGAAAUGGAGAAGAUCUUUGUCAGACUAGAGAUGAAGGUGACAAAGAGUUCAGGAGGAGUCCCACGUCUGUCCUACACCGGGAGAGAUGACCGACACUUCCUCCCCACUGGACUUUACAUCGUUAAAACUGUCAAUGAGCCGUGGACGAUGGCGUACAGUAAAAACUCCAAGAUGAAGUUCUUCUACAAUAAGACCACUAAGGAGUCGACCUAUGAAAUGCCACCAAACUCUGCCGCCCCGUUCCAAGUUUGUCACUCGGAGCGGCUCUUCUGGGCCUGGGUGGACGGGGUCAUAGUCCACGAUUCUCAGACUCGAAUGGACCCUGAGAAACUCUCCAAAGAUGAUGUUCUGUCCUUCGUCCACCAGAACUACCAGCCCUAAAACACUCACAGAGCCUCAGAGCUUCACCAGAUUCAGCCUGAUCACAGAAUGCACUAACAUAUGGAGGAUAAAGAAUCUUAGAAAGGAUGAUCAAAAAACAUGUCUAAAUUUAUAUUUAUUUUGAAAGAGGGAUUAAUAAAGACGGUAUAGCCAGAUAAAAUCGCAUAAAUCAAACUGAAGACAUGUUUCAGUGAAUCCUUUUAAAAUGUCCAGUUAAAUAUCAAUGAUUAAACUACUUUAUGGUCAGUUUAAAGGCACACUUUUCCUCCAAAUUAUACCCAAGAGAGAAAUUAAAUUCAGGUUUGAAGUGGAGUUCUGGUGCUCGGGAUGACGUGUUCGCUGCCGUUUGUAGCGCUGAUAAUUGGACUAUGUAACCAACAGACUUUUGACAAACCACUCUGACUUUCUGCCUUUUCCACUGCUCUUUGCUAGAAGCAUUGUAAUGAAGAAGAUUCUCUUCACAGGACAGUGAUGAAACGAAGAGCUGCUGCCGUCUCUGGUUUGGAUUGCAUGUCCCUGUAGAUUAAAUUUUUUUACGGUUCCUCAUCCAUCCGAUGCCUCUGUGUGUGUGUGUGUGUGUGUGUGUGUGUGUGACUGUGAAUGUUGGAUAGGAAAAGAGAAAAGGUGCUCCUGAGGUUUGAGUCAUGCUACAGCCGAUAGUUACAAAUGUUGAACUAUGCAUCCACAUCAUUUAACACUCUUGCUUGCCUUGCUCUACACCUGCCAGAAGAAUGACUGCUCCUCUCUUCAUCGUCAAAGAAAUCAGGAUCUGUUUGCACAGGCUCUUUACAAACAGGCUGCCUGUGUUCAAACCUACAAACUGUAGCUGAAGCCUAAAUAAGACGAACAUGUUAAUCAACUGUAGAAAUGAUCCUCACCAUCACAUCACCAUUUUAGUCAGUAACAGAUGUAGCAGCCGCUUUUGUCAUUCAUAAACAGUCCUUCACACCAUGUGAGUUUGUGUGUGUGUGUGUGUUAAAGAUUUGAAAUGUU